AUUUUAUCACACUUUUUAUAAACACUUCAAAAGUUGUUGUUCCUGCUCUCAAACAAAAAUUCAAAUUUCCGAAAAUUAAAAAUAAAUUGCGUAGUAAAAUUAGAAAAAAUUACAAUACUUUUGGCCAGCUAUCACAAAAAACCAUUAAAAAAUAUAUUUUCAUCAUAUAUACACACAUAUAAAUGUAAAAAAAAAUAACGGCAGCAUGCCUUUCUUUGGUGUUGGUUUAACACUAUUGGUACUCACCGGCAGCAGCUUUUUCGUACUCGGCGCCUACUAUCAGCACCAUGAUUUCUGGCAUAAACUACAACAGCUCAUACAAGAAGAUCCAUAUGCGUUCUAUAUACGCGAAAAGUUAUAUGACGCGCUGCCCCUUUUAAAUCUUAACUGUCGGGAGCAGUCAGUCGGUAACGGUUCACGUAUGUCAGAGAUCAUGAAGUACGGCUUCCCUGGUCUGGACGAUAUACGUGUUUAUUCUGAUUUUGUACUCUCCUAUGAUCGACGCAAUCGUGUUGCACAUUGGGUUUACGAGCAUUUACGUGCGCCCUGUGUCCAAUCUAAUGGUGGUGGGGCAAGUCGCCAUGAAGCAAAUUAUCAACCCGAUAUGAGUGUGCCUUCCAACUUUCGAGCUGAUGUAACUGAUUACAAAAAUUCUGGAUUCGAUCGCGGUCAUUUGGCUGCGGCUGGCAAUCAUAAGUGUCAUCAGACACAUUGCAAUGAGACAUUUUAUCUGACAAAUAUAGCGCCACAAGUUGGUAAGGGCUUCAAUCGUGAUGCGUGGAAUAAUUUGGAAAUUUAUGUACGCGAAUUAACGGAACGCUACGGUUCUGUUUAUGUUUGUACCGGACCGCUAUAUAAGCCGAAGCGUCAAAUGGCUGGUUUUACAGAAGUAGAGAAUAGCAGAAGGGCAAACGGAAAGUGGUGUGUGGAAUAUGAGGUUAUUGGUGAGAAUACCGUUGCGGUGCCUACGCAUUUUUUCAAAGUAAUCACUGUGGAAUCGAAAUUACCGGGCGGCCAACCAUAUAUGGAGGCAUACAUAAUGCCAAAUGCGCCUAUUAGUACAAAUACGAAUAUACGAAAUUUUCUAGCUGACAUCAGAGAGAUUGAGCACAUUGCCGGUUUGCAAUUCUUUAAUGGCUUGCGCCGCAGCUUCUUUUUUGACACUAACUACACUACAACUCCGGAAUUAUAUAGGAAUUUUCAGUGAUUAAACUGUCGUGGAAAGAUAUAAAUUAAAUAUGAUAUAUAUUUUAGAAAAUGUGCAUGUUAACUUAGCUGUGUCUGUCUAAUGGUCAGAGCUGUCGUGGCGUGGCUGCGAAAUUUAAGCACUUAUUAAUUGCACACACAUUGAAUACACUUUUGCACCAAUAUAUUAGCCUUUACAUUACACUUUUCUUAUGCCAAAUUUCACAUAAUUUCACCUUUUGCUUUCUUUAAUUGAAUUACUUUUCACAAAUUUGGUUAAACAUGUUAAAAUCACUGCACUCAAAAAUAAAGCUGCUUACCAACUGUCAAAAUAGGCGCGAGGGAAGCGGAUGAAUGCAAAAAGGAAACGCUAAAUAACAGAACUGAAUAAAAGAUAAAAAACAACUGUCAAUUAUAAUCUCCAUGACAAAAACAACUUUAUUUGUUAGCAUUAUAUAAUUAAUAUAAUAAAAACAAACGUUACUUUGUAAAUAUCAAUAUUUAAAUAAAUGAAUUGUUUAUAUUCUACAUUUCUAAUAUUUUCACCCACUUCCUUUUUACGCACUGAACAUACCCUAGAUUUUUCUCUUCACCAGCAUUACCACCUUACGUUGAUUUAUAAAAGAAUUCUUUCUUGUGUGGUAUAUUGAUAAUUUGAUUAUAUUAUUAAUUGGUAAAUGUAAAUCACUUAUAAACAUUUAUUUUGAAAAGAAAUAAUAAACGUUUUUAUUUUAAUUGCAUGCAGAAAUGAGAAAAUAAAGAAAUUAACAUUAAACUAAACAUAUCUAGCGGACCGGCAACACUGUUUACGUGGCAAACGUCAAAAUCUCUAUGUAAAGCAAAUUGGAACUGCUGCUCUGACGUGGAAGUGACAUUUUUUCUCAAUUUCUUUAUCGGGUUUAAAAUAAAUUUAAACAUACUUAUUGUUAAUUAAUAGUUAAAAAACCAAUUAGUGUGUGAGUUAAAUAAGAGUACUUCAGGGUACUAACAUUAUUUCAUUAUUACCUGGGAAGUUUCGCGACUUAACAGGCUACGAAUUAAGAUUACAUUUACCAACAAAGUGAAGUGAUUACAGUGAGAAAGUUCAGUUUUUCUGUAGCAAACAGCAAUUCACUAUCCAUACACUUCCAUUACUUCUGCAAGUAUAGAUAAAAGUAAUUGAUAUAA